AUGCUGGGAGGCGAGCACGGGCGGGGCAAUGCCCUGGAGCUCGAACGUCCAGACGCUGCCGCGGCGCAUGCGGAGGGCGAGGAUGCGCGUGUUAUCGCGCCGAUACCAGUGGACGUGGUUGCCUCUGCACUGCCCACGGUCGAAAGCAAGGUACAGACUACGGGCGCCGCACAGCAAUGGCGCGCUUUAAACUCCUCCGUGCGGGAUACGGAGGAGGUGAAAGAGUCGAAUGGCAUUUCUCCAUAUGUUGACGAUGGUGGUCGUGGUGAAUCUGGUGAUCGAGCGGAUUUGAAUGCGGAUGUGUUGAAGGCAGAGUAUGAACGCGAGACGCGCGCGAAUACUUCCAAGCGCGCCGCACUCUUUCCAUCGGAUGCAGAGGAUGCGCUUGAGCGCGAAAUACUUUUCACCGAGAAAUCCCUGCGCAAUCCAAGCGAUUGCGCCAGUGCACACGACAAAACAGCCGCUGCGCCAAGCCCAGCUACGCCCGCUGUCGAGGCAGAACGUAGCGGCGCGAGCAGCGUGGCACGGAGCAAUACGUCCGACAUGGACAUGGACGAAUCUAGCACGUCCGAACCCGCUGCGCCCAUCGGCCUCCCGCACACUGACCCAAGCACAGAACGCGAGGAAACGGACGCGCUUGAAGCUAUUCUUGAUGAGGAGGUCGAGAUGGAGACGCCUGCACCCGAUACAAACCCUCUUGCCGAAUCAGCGGAGGUAAAGAGUGCGAUUCAGUCGCUGGCAAAGCAGCUCGUGGCCCAAUACCCCCUUGCACCCGACUACGUCUGCUCGCUUUAUGACGAGAAUCGCAACGUGGCUGCCUCGCUCACCGUUCCCACCUGCUUAGCAAGCACAAAAAGCGGCGCGCUCGCGCCGCCAUUGAACUUUGCCAUUGCCCCCAUGCUAGCAUCCAGCGCACAAGCGCGCGCGUCCAAGGCCGAAGCGCUGCGUGUAGAAUACCGCAAGCGCCACACUGCGUGGAAAAGCUACUGUGCGCGCCUCGAUGAGAUUUACGAGCGGCGUGAGGCUCAGCGGCGAGCGAUGCAAGGUCCUGCCGAGAGUGAAAGCGGCCUCAACAGCGUCGCUCCCUCUGUGCUAAGCACGCCGCUCACUUCGCGCGGUUCCAGACGCAGUGCGUACGGCGCCGCAGGAUUUGGCGAUGCUGUGCGUUCCGAGGCGGAGUUUCUCGAGAUUCUUGCGUCGUUGGAAAGUGCCGAGAUGCAGGACCCUGUCGUGCGCGCAAAACGCACUGCGGCAACCGAGCCCGACAUGGCCAUUCGUCUCCCCGAAGAUCCACCGCUUCCCGACGAGGACAAUGGUUUUGUCGCUGACUUUCGCGAGCGUUUCUUCCCCGACUUUGAUCCCGACGUGUGGAGCGACGAGGAGCGCGCGAUUUUCAUGCGGCGCUACGCAAAGUACCCCAAACAGUUUGGGCGCAUUGCCAGUGGCCUGCCGCACAAGACCUCGCAGCAAUGUGUGGUGUAUUAUUACUUGCACAAACAUAGCGACGGCUACGGAUUUAAGUCGCUGAACUCGCGUAAACGCGAGCGCAAACGCAAGCCGAAAGUGCGUGCAAAGAAGGCCAAAGGAAGUGCCCUCAUGGCCGACAUGGCCCCGGCUGAAGAGCAGGAGCUAGAUGACACGCCGGACACGCCGGACGUGCCGGACGUGCCCAAGCAUCUCUCCGACGCGCCUAUCGAGCGCCCACGCAUCGCAAGCUCUGCAAAGCGCGCCAAGGCCACUCCGAAACGCCAGCGGAGUGCGGUGGAGGACGCUGCAGAAAGCCUGUCCCAGCUCUCUAGCGUCGUCGCCACCAAGCCAGAGACGGAAAUGGACCGCGACUUGGCCGCUGCUGAGGCGCUGGAGGCGCUGGCAAGCGUUGGGACAAGCGCCGCCGCACGGAAGAAACGCGCGCGUGCGAAGCCCAAGCGCGAGGGCGACGAGACGCGCAGUCGAUCUCGCGGGCCCCACUGGUCCAUGACCGAGCGCGCCGAGUUUUUGCGCCUCCUUGCGUUACAUGGCAAGGACUGGGUUGCAUUAGCCGCUACCUUUUCCAGCAAAACGCCCGCGCAAGCGCGCAAUUUUUUCGCGCGUCACGCGAGCGAAAGUCCCCACUUUCAAUCUGCAGCUGCGCUUGCCGUUGACAAUGCGGCGUUGCCGUGGGAAGAGCGUGUGCGUGCGGCUGUUGAUUUUGUAAAUGCGUGGUACGCUUCCUUGCCCACCGAAACACAAGCCAAUGUCGAGGGAUGGCCGAGCGACGUUGCGCGUUUCUUGCGCGACGCGCCGCAUCUCCUGCCCGAGGAUUUUGACGAGACAGACGACGAAGACGGCGCGCAGCGCGCCGAGGCGUGGGAAUAUGCGCCCGCGCCGGCGUUGGCGCCGGCGCACAUGCACACGCCCGCGCCCGCGCAGUCGAAUGUGCCGUACCAUUAUCCUCCACGUGCGCCCAUGUACUACCGCGAAGGCUACGAUCGCUAUCUGUAUGGCUACCACCCAGUUUCGCCUGCAUAUCCCGAAGAAGGGCGUGUAUACACCCCCAGACACGAGCCACGCUACGGCCCAGAGAUUCCCUAUUACGCCUCCCGGCCCGACGAGUACCGCACGCCGCGGUCGAUGUAUGUACCGCACGAUGAGUAUCGCAGCAUAGAGCGCUACUCGCCCGACCCAACGCGCGCAGUACCGCGUAGUAUGCCGCGCCCAGCGCCGCCGAAUAUGGGAUACUUUCAUGCGCCGCGUGCGAUGGAGCCGCAUAGAUGA